CUGCCUGGCAACUUGCAUAAGAGGAGAAGACUACAGAGUGCCACUCUCAUGCCAGAGCCACCAGCGUUAGUGCCGCUCCAGCCCCCGCACAGAGAACAUCCACAUCAGCUGCUGAGAGGAUUUGUUGUUGAGAUUGCUAUUGCUGCUCUUCCUUGAACUACUGUGGCUUGUACGAGACGCCGAGAUGACGUAUAUGAGGACGGUAGCGGCCGCCCACCUGCUUCUGGCGGUGCUGCUGGCCGCGAGCGUGGGCGUGGGAGCCACCAGUGCCUCCAAGGUCAAGUUGGUCAACAACGGCUACGAGGGCGUGGUUAUUGGCAUCUCGCCCGAGGUCAGCGAGCGUGACGCACCCGCCCUCAUCACUGUUCUCAAGACAAUGAUGAGGAAUGCGUCAAAACAUUUGUUCCAAGCGACCCGUAGGAGAGCGUUCUUCAGGCAGGUGAAGGUGGUGAUCCCUCAGACCUGGUCCAACACCGCCUACGACGAGGCUGCCACUAACGAGAACUUCAUGGACAGCGACAUCCGCUUGGACUAUCCUCAUCCAUUGUACAAACACCAGAUGUACACGGAACAGCCGGGAGAGUGCGGGGAGCCUGGCGAGUACAUCCACCUCACUCCAGAGUACCUUACUGUUGACAAAUACUCCAAGUGGUUCGGGUCUCCGGGGAAGACGCUAGUGACAGAGUGGGCCCGGCUGCGGUGGGGCGUGUUCGACGAGGUGGGCUACCCGGGCGACCCCAAGUACCCGCUCUUCUACUCGGCGUCCAGCAGCGGCGCCUCGGGGCGAGUGGAUGCCGCCUCUGAGGAAUACAGCCCCAACUGCUGCUCAGAUGCACCCAUAAAAGGAAUAAAACGAAAUAAAAGGCCUGGAGGAGGAAACACUUGCAUCCUCGGUCCGGACAACCUGCCUGACCAUUUCUGCAAGUUCUACCCUCAUCAUUCACAGAAUGCCAGUUCUUCCCUCAUGUCCUACCCAUUUAUCCCCAGCUUCAAUAUCGUCGAGUUCUGCGAUAGUCACACGCACGUCCCAUUUGCUCCGACGAAACAAAACGACAAGUGCAAUUAUCGGUCGGUGUGGGAGGUGAUGCUGGAUCACCCAGACUUCAAGGACGGCGCGAACCCCCCCAUCAGCGAGGAACCAGAGGAGCCAUCAAUCACUGUGGUGAAGCAGGAGGCGGCCAGUUACGCCGUCGUCAUGGACUAUUCGGGCAGCAUGUCCACAAAUAACCGAAUAGAAAUGCUGCAGAAGACAGCUCAGAGGUGGUUGCUGCACGAGGCGCCCCACAACAGCUUAGUUUCACUCAUAAGAUUCUCGAGCAGCCCGGCCAGGGUGUUGGCGCCUCUCACCAAGCUGACAGACAACACAACCAGACAAGCUCUAGCCAACAUGAUCCUCACCGACAUCAACGGAGCCACCAGCAUUGGUUCCGGGAUGAGGGCGGCCGUCCAGGUGCUGGCUGGGAAGAGUAACAAGAACAUGCUGCUGAUCACCGACGGAGAAGAGAACGAGUCUCCGCGCAUUAAUGAUGUCAUAGAGGAGGUGAUACAAGCUCGCAUCUGCGUCAUUACUGUGGCCUUCGGAACUAAUGCUGACCCGAACCUGGAGACUUUGGCGGACCGUACUGGUUGUAAGGCGUACACCGUCAACGACAACGACCAGACCAGCAUGCUGAACGAUGCCUUCCAGUCCACUCUCACCCGCCAACCCAGCAUAGCUCUCCAGUUCACCGAUAUUCUGAUCUAUGAAUCUCCUACGAAAUAUACUACUGAUUCUUCAGUGAGUGAUACGUUUACUGUGGACAGCAGCGUGGGGAAGAACCUCAUCUUCAGGCUUCAGACAAGCAGCAAGAAUCAUGUCGUGAGCCCCCCGCGCCUGAUUGACCCAGAUGGCUCCGUCACAAGUGUCACUGAAUUUGAUGAUAUUAGUCUGGUGUGGAGUGUCACUCUCCCAGAAGCAAAGGUCGGCACCUGGACAUGGGAAGCCAGCCUGGAUAAGGACAAAUUUAACUCAGUGAAGGUGUCCAUCACAGCCAGACAGCGAGAUCCCAACGCGCCGCCCAUCACUACCAGAGUCUGGGUACCCUCACCAGCUACGGGUGUCAGCGCAGUCACUCAAAAUAUAAAGAUCUUCGCUGAAGUGAAACAAGGCAACAACCCCAUCAUAGGAGCUGUUGUCAAAGCGAUAGUAACCCAGCCGGACACUAUUACCGCCCCGCCUGACGAGUACCUCCUGAGUGACAACGGUGUGGGCGCCGACAGCAUCAAGAAUGAUGGCAUCUACAGUGGCUUUAUGACCAAGUUCUCCGCCGUUGGACGAUACAACGUCAAGGCCGAGGUGACCAGUACAGGGAAAACUGUGGCCAACAAUGGUGCCACGCCAAGUGGCAGCAGUGGCAGGCGCCGACGGCGCUCCACGUCUUCGGCCAAUUAUGAUCAAGGUGAACCGGAGCCUUGCUGCGGCAGCGUCAUGCCCCUUGAUGAAGCCAACGCCUCGCCCACAGGCAACUUUUCCAGAGUGGCCACCGGGGGCGUCCUCAAGGUAACAGAAAUACCUGCAGCUGGGACUGAUGGCAUUUCACCAGUCAAGGUGGAUGAUCUGCAAGUCAUAUCCAUUACAAUGUUCUCCGAGAGUCUGGGAGCCAACACCAUCACACUCUCCUGGACUGCUCCUGGGGAUGACCUGGAUUCUGGAAUAGCUUCUGCGUACGUGGUCCGACUGAGUCCCAACUUUCAUGAUUUGCUGGAAGGGUCGUUUGACCAGGCUCCGCAAGACACUCUUCUUCCCGUUACCGUGGAGGACCUUCAUAGUGCUAAUGUCUUCCGUGAGAGUGGCAGCAAGGUCAAUAUCACCUUAAAGUUCACCAGACGCAUAGCUUAUGACCAGCCAUAUUAUGUGGGACUGCAGGCGCUUGACGAAACUGGAAACAAAAGUAAAGUGUCCAACAUUGUCAUGUUCACUGUCGAGGAGAAACUGGAAAUGCCACAGUGGGCUCUAGAUAAGAUGCAGAAAAUAAGAAUGGAUACUGCUUCAUUUAAGAAUCUUAAGACAAAAAGUAUACCACAAACCCUCAAUGAAUAAGUUGCAAAGAAGAUAUGUGUAGUUAAGAGAGCCCAUACGAUACCACACUUGUUAUAUAGUAAAUUGAGCUUCACAGAGAAUAGGAUAUAACUAGGGUGCCAACAUAAAAGAAAAAAGAACUGAGUUGAUAGUCCGGUGAUCUUCAGUGUAACGUAAUGGCAUUUCACUUCAGCAGCGAGUCUAUGUGCCUCAAAUCAUAUGCUUACACACAUAUUUGAGCUAACCAACGUUAACCUAAUCUAAAUUAUUUUGUCCUUAUUCAACAUAAACAAGUGCAACAUUACUAUGCAGUGAAUGACAAGGACAUAAUUUAUAUUGUCAAGACUUGUGUUAAGUAAUGGUAAUGUCUUAUUACAGACAUAAUAACAUAGGAUAAAAAAACACUUAUGUAAAACACUUAUGUGUCAAUGAAUAAUAGUCAUUGAGAUUUAAAUCUCGUCCUAACCAUAUGCUUAGACGUUAAUAUUGCUAAUGCACUCAGUUGAGUGCUAAAGACUUUUUGUAAUUGAAAUCUUUUCAUAAAAUACACAAAUACAUAAA